CACAGCAACGCUUGGCUUGGAUACCUACGGCUAAACUUAGCUUGGCUGUGGCUAACGUCAGGUCAGCGGUCUUGUGGGCUCUCCGGGCGGGAUUCAGGCUGUUCGUUGGAAGGUGCACUCCUGUACAGGAAAGAUGAGACUGAAGGAGAUCCAGAGGACUGCCCAGCAGGCGUGGAGUCCAGCCGGCCACCAUCCCAUCUGCCUGGCAUUAGGCACAUCAGCACAGCAGCUAGAUGCCUCCUUCAACACCACAGCAGCCCUCGAGAUAUUUGAGGUGGAUUUUGCCGACCCCUCCUUGGACAUGAAGCUAAAAGGCUCACUGUGCACCCCCAACAGGUUGCACAGCCUUGUAUGGGUUAAUUUCGGAAUGGGAGCAGACGGCACAGGAGGCAGGCUGGUAGGGGGCAGCGAAAAUGGCGCGUUAACCGUUUACGACCCUGAGUCUAUUGUGGAUUCCGGAGCGGAGGCCAUGGUGGGACAGUGCAACAAACACGCAGGACCCGUGCGAGCACUGGAUUUCAACCCUUUCCAGAGCAAUCUACUUGCAUCUGGAGCGAAUGACUCAGAGAUUUAUAUUUGGGACCUGAACAACUUCAGCAGUCCUAUGACGCCAGGAGCAAAAGCACAGCCCACAGAGGACAUCAGCGUGGUGUCCUGGAAUCGGCAGGUGCAGCACAUCCUGGCCUCGGCCAACCCCAGUGGCAAAGCCGUGGUGUGGGACUUGAGGAAGAACGAGCCCAUCAUCAAGAUCAGCGACCACAGCAACAGAAUGCACUGUUCCGGUAUGCUCUGGCACCCCGAUGUGGCCACUCAGUUGGUGCUGGCCUCUGAGGACGACCGCCUCCCUGUCAUCCAGAUGUGGGACCUGCGUUUUGCCACGUCACCUCUCAAAGUACUUGAGAAUCACACGCGGGGGAUUCUGUCCAUCUCCUGGAGCCAAGCUGACUCUGAGCUCCUACUCAGUAGUGCAAAGGACAACCGCAUUCUCUGCUGGAAUCCAAACACUGGAGAGGUGAUCUACGAGCUUCCCACCACCAACCAGUGGUGCUUCGACGUCCAGUGGUGUCCCAGGAACCCCGCUCUGCUCUCGGCAGCCUCGUUCGACGGCAGAAUCACCGUUUACUCGGUGAUGGGAGGCAGCUUGAAGGCUCAGCAGCAAAGCACCGCAGAUAAGAUCUCUUCAUCGUUUGAUACAAUGGAUCCCUUUGGUACAGGGCAGGUGCUUCCUCCACUGCAGGUUCCUCAACCUGCAGUGCAGGACACCAUCGUCCCCCCUCUGAAGAAGCCCCCUAAGUGGGUGCGCAGGCCAGUAGGGGCCUCCUUUGCUUUUGGCGGUAAGCUGAUAACAUUUGAGAACCCAAAGCCGCCCCCAGUGCAGAGCCCCCAGCCCUCCCCCAGACAGGUGUUUGUCAGCCAGGUCACCACGGAGACGGAGUUCCUGCAGCGCUCCAGGGAGCUCCAGGUGGCCCUGCAGUCGGGCUCCUUUAACAACUACUGCCAGGCCAAGAUCCACAGUGCCAAGUCGGAAGCCGAGCAGGACAUAUGGAAGUUCCUCCUGGUGAAUUUUGAAGAUGAGGUUCGCAUUAAAUUCCUGAGACUCUUGGGUUUCAGCAAGGAUGAACUGGAAAAAAAGAUUUCCAAAUGCUUGGGGAAGAAUUUCCAACCCAAUGGACAUGCCGUGGAUGCCGAGGACUUGGCUAAAAAGAUGUUGCAGUUGUCCGCUCAGAGGUCUGAAGAAGCAGAUGCAGUAGCUGAUGGCAGGACGUCAGGGUCUGUUUCACCUGCCGACUUUUUCAACCAGAAUCCAAAAGAAAACUUCCAAAUCCCGGUUUCAUGCGACACAGACGGUUUGAUAAGCCAAGCGCUGCUGGUGGGCAACUUUGAGGGAGCUGUGGAUUUGUGUCUGAGCGAUGGCCGUUACGCCGAAGCCAUCCUGCUGUCCAUCAGUGGCGGAGAGGAGCUGCUCAAGAAGACGCAGCAGAAGUACCUGAGCAAGCAAAAGAACAGCAUCUCCAUGCUUAUAUCGUCAGUGGUGACCCAGAACUGGAGAGACAUUGUGCAAAGCUGCGAGCUGGACAACUGGAAGGAGGCUCUUGCCGCCCUCUUCACCUACGCUUACCCAGAAGAAUUUGCACAACUGUGUGAUACACUGGGAGGCCGUUUGGAGCGAGAGGGUACGGAGAAACGCUGCUUGCAGGCCUGUCUGUGCUACAUCUGCUCUGGAAACAUUGAGAGGAUGGUGGAGUGCUGGGCCUUGCACAGGGACUGCUCCUCUCCUCUCGGUCUAGAGGACCUGGUAGAAAAAGUCAUGAUGUUGCGUAAGUCCAUCGAGCGCCUUCGCAACAGCGAGGUGGCGGUCCAGAGCCCCAUCCUGGCCGAGAAGUUGACCUGCUAUGCCGGGAUCCUGGCUGCAGAGGGCAGCCUGGCCACGGCCAUGGCCUACCUUCCUGAGAACUCUGAUCAAGCCGGGAUAAAAAUGCUGCGAAACAGACUGUUCCACGCUCAGGGAGAGGCUUCAGGCAAACGGCAGCCUCCAAACACAGCCAAGCCCAAUGCUGCUGCUCAUACUCCUGCACAGAAUGCACAAAUUAGGAAUCAGUAUCAGCCCCUUCCUCCUCCUCCUCACCAUCAUCAGCAACCACCCAUGCCGACAUCAGUGGUGUUCAAGCCUCAAGUUUCUCCAAGUAGCUCAGAGCCGGGCCUGCUGCCCUCCUCUUACAUGCUACCCACCAGUGGGACCCGCCCAGCCAUGAUGCCCCCAUACCCCCAAAAUCCAUCUACAGCCCCAGGGUUCGUUCCUCAUCAACCAUUUCAGCCUGCGCCCAUGAGUGGACCCUCAACCUUCACCCCUCCUGGCCCCUCUAUGCCUGCUGCCAACUUAUCAGGACCUCCGCUACAGCCCUCCUCCUCAGCUCCAGGGGGGAUUCCCCCCAUGCCCAGCCCAGGGGUUCCUCCAACAAGCUUCAUGCCUUCUACCUCCUUGCCUUCUGGUCCCAUGCCAUCCAGCUCCCAGCCCGGAGCCCCGGUCCCCAUGUACCCCGGGGGCCUCCAUAACCACGGGCCCAUGCCCCCCAUGGCAACCAGUCCCUAUGCCCCUCUUGGAUCAGGUUACCCACAAGGGGGACCCGGAGCUCCUGGUGCAAAACCCUUUGCAGGCUCUGCUGUGGCGCCUCCUCCUUCAGCAUCCCAAGAAGGCUGGAAUGACCCCCCAGCGGUACGAGGGGGACCCAGAAAGAAGAAGCAGGUUCCUGACAACUACACACCACCCGCCCCAAUCACUGCCCCCGUCAUGGGCUUCCCAGUGGAGGCCCCUCAACAACACAACCACACCCAGGUGCCCCCCGGAGCCCCACAGGAGCCCAGCGUGCAGCUCCUCCAGCAGCUUCCAGCAGAGCGGGUGGAGCAGAAGGAGAUCCCCCCCGAACACAUGGUGCUCAAAUCCACCUUCGACAGCCUGGUGCAACGAUGCCAGCUUGCAGCAGGGGACCCGCAAACAAAAAGGAAGCUUGAUGAUGCUGCCAAGCGUUUGGGGUGCCUGUAUGACAAGCUGAGAGAGCAGUCGCUCUCCCAGAACAUCCUGAACGGCUUGCACGAAAUUGGGCGCUGCGUGGCGAGCCAGAACUAUCAGCGUGGCUUGGAGGUCCACACACAGGUGGUGAGCAGCAGCAACUUCAGUGAGAUCUCUGCCUUCAUGCCCAUCCUCAAAGUAGUCAUGACCAUUGCCAACAAGCUGGGCGUCUAACCGACCGCUUCGCUUCAUCAUUUUUAUAUUUAUUUCCUUUUCUUCAUCAUUUUUCCUAAGAGAUUGGUGGUCUGAUGAAUGUAUUCUGAAAUUCGAGAUGCUGCAAAUGCUUACUCAAUAUAAUGUACAAAACGUGUGCUUCAAGCGAUCGAUGCGUUUUUGUAGUCCAUAUUAGACAUCGGAUGUUAACAUUAAUAAUGAGGUGGGACAUGGCUUGUAAUCCAUGCAAGAGAUGUAGUGAAAUAAUUUCAUGGUAAAAAAAAAUAUAUAUUGACUCUUCUCGACCAUCAUGGAGCAUUGCUUGUCUUUUAUUCCCCCUUUAUUUACCACUACUGGCUUGUGUGAAUGAUUGCAAGAUGAGUCUUCAUUCAUUCAACAUCACUGCUUUAUCCCGGCUGCGUCUUCUCCUUUUUAAAACAUUCUUACAAUAGGUCCCACCUACUUCAAAUAUAAAAUAAUUGUAUAGUCAGGGGUGUGUCGCAGGCUAGUUUGGCGUAUCAUGGCAGCAGAAGGCAAUAAAGUGCCUCCUUGUGUGCUUUUUUUUUUUUUUUUUUUUUGGUUGCACAGAUGUUUAUACAGUACAAUCCAUGCUAUUA